UCGUUGUUGCGUGAGCAACCCACCAGUCGUCUGUGAACGUCGUCGCGAGUUGGUGUCGUCGUCGGGAUCGUUGGGGCUCGUGUUGUGUGCUUUAUUCAUUUUAUCGAAUGAAAAUUCUCUGAUUAUUUUGACAGCGCCAAGGGCCACAAGAAAAUUUGCAGAAAGAACCGUCGAAACGAAACAAAACAGCAGCGAAAACGUUGGUGUGUUGGAGAUAUUCUUUCCGAGGUGUAGACAACGGAAACCGUACGGGUGCAGGAGAAGCGAGUGCUACGGGAACGCAACCUGAGCAGAUUUUUCGAAUUUACAUAUAUAAUUUCGCCUGGUAGAGCUAGAGUGUAUUCUGUUGCGCCUCACUGUGGUCAGUGAAAUCCGAGUUUUUUACGGUGUGGAAGUGUGAGAGUUGCGAGUCGAAGCUGGCGGCGGUCGUGCAUUUUCCGUGACGGGCAAAAAUAACCUGGUGUUGGAUAUAUAAAAAAUACACGAAAACCACCCAUUCCGUUCCGGAUCUCCAAAGGCUUGUGUCGGAAGUUCCGUACUAAAUAAGAAGCAUCCAAAAUAAUCUCCCAACUGCAGCAGUUUCGAACGAUGGCUGAGAAUAAGGGAAUGUUGCUGGCGAAAUCGGUCCAGAAGCAUGCUGGAAGAGCUAAAGAAAAGCUAUUACAAAAUCUCGGCAAAGUCGACCGAACUGCAGAUGAGAUUUUCGAUGAACAUCUCACCAACUUCACCCGACAGCAGAACAGUGCCACCAGGCUGCAGAAAGAGUUCAACAAUUACAUCAGAUGUGUGCGAGCUGUUCAGAGUGCCUCCAAAAGCCUUAUGGAUGCCAUAAACGAAGUGUACGAAAGCCAGUGGACCGGCUCGGAGGCCCUGUACGCGCAGACCAACACCGUUGAAGUACUAUUCCAGGACUUUUCGCACAAACUCGGUGACCAAGUGCUCAUACCGCUCAACACGUACACCGCGCAGUUCCCAGAGAUGAGGAAAAAAAUCGACAAGAGGGGUCGCAAGUUGGUGGAUUACGACAGCCAGCGACACUCCUUCCAGAGCCUGCAAGCUAAUGCUGCCAAACGCAAGGAUGACGUUAAGAUCACCAAAGGUCGCGAACAGCUAGAGGAAGCGAAGCGUACUUAUGAAGUGCUCAACACCGAACUGCAUGACGAACUGCCAGCGCUCCACGACUCGAGAAUACUGUUUUUGGUGACAAACUUGCAAACACUGUUCGCCUCCGAGCAGCAGUUCCACAGCGAAACGUCCAAGGUGUACGCGGAACUGGAAGCGAUCGUCGAUAAGCUGGCCACCGAAUCACAGCGAGGCUCGUACACGCUCAAGAAGAUUACUGCUAACUCAUCUCCGUCCAGCCAGCCGCAGUCACCAGUGAAAGCGAACUUGUCGAUUGUAAAUAACAUUUCCAAUGGAUCUGCCAAUGCCAACGGACCCACGUCCACUUCACCAUCAAUUUCGCCCAGUUCAGAACAGCACAUGGACGAUUCGGAACCUUCCUACCAGAACACAGAAAUCGUGAAAUCCGCCAGUGCUGCUUUGCGAUCAUCCGCCAACACCACCACCACUACUACUACCACCACCACCACCGCCACUAAUAAUAACAAUAUUGAUGUCCCAUCGCAGCCAGUCGCGCCGCCUAAAUCGCCUGUGCCACCCUCUAGCGAGAAAGUAACCACAAAUGGUACGGAUCACGAUCACGAUACCAGCAGCAGUAGCCAUACGCAAAAUAACACGCCAGCUACUAUCGCAGCAGAUUCAACCACUAGUCCAUCAUCUACAACAUCUGCUCCUGCUCUUCCUACUACUACUGCUCCCGUUGUUGCUGAAGUUCAGCCUUCUACGUCGCGCUCGCCAUCACCCACAACGCCCACUGUCGCUGGCGCUGCCGUGUCGCAAUCAAGUAAUACUAAUGUAAAUAAGCUAAACCCUAACCUCGGUCACUCAUUCGAAACUAAUAUCUUCCACCAACAAUACUCUAACAUUCGUCAACAGCCUCAUGCUCAUCAGCCACAUUUUAAUCAUCAUCAACAUCAUCACCAUCACAAUCAUCAUACUGCCAAUACGGGAGAUCCCUCGUCCCUUACUUCCACCUCGUCCACGGCAUCCUCAUCGGAGCAGCAUGGCUUUGCCGUCAGUAGGCACUACGACAUGCUACCGUCGAAACAAGGCGCCAACGAGAUCCAUCUCUACAGCAAUGUUGUUGCUAACAGCGGUUGUACCCUUAACAAACUGAAUAACAUUAACAAUAACGUUAACAAUAAUGGUUCUACCACCACUAGCAAUACUAGCACUUUCCACAACAAUAAUAACAGUAAACUGGAAGAACUUUAUGAUAUCCCUGUUGGCGCCACUACAACUGAUCUGCCACCGGGAGUACUGUAUCGGGUGAAGGCCACCUAUAAAUACGUCCGGGAAGAUGUCGACGAACUGAGCUUCGAGGUCGGUGACACCAUUAACGUCAUCGAGUAUGAAGACCCGGAGGACCAGGAGGAAGGUUGGCUGAUGGGCAUUAAAGAGGGAACCAACGAUAAAGGCAUGUUCCCGGCCAACUUUACUCGGCCGCUGUAAGUGUGAUUGAGCGACAAAACGGCAGAAGGAGCAUUACAUCGAUGAUCGGUUAUCUGGCUGAAAAACGUUUGCUCCCUUUUACUAUUGAAAAGCAUGCACGAUCCCAAACGCGGCCUAUGUUUGGAAAUCGAUUGCGAAAGUUUAUAACAUUGGCCACAGAUUCAAACGCGUUGACACUAUUUUACCACAGUUUAUUUCGUUUAACACCACGCUUGAGUGCGUGACAGAGUCAACUAACAUGAACUCUCAUCAAAGUUUAAACAAACAAACAAAUCUUGAAAACUGAUAUCAGUAACAUUAGAAAAUUAUCAACGCGAUUUCCAAAGCUAACAAUUGAGCGCGAAUAGUAGGGAAUCAGACAGAUGAAACAAGAAUGACGUGCCUUUCAAACUGUUCAUUCAAAUAAACAUUUAGUAGGAACCCUCACCAAUCAAAAGAGCGUUAGUUAAGCAGCAUUGUGUCAUUAAAAUCAUUUGGAUAAUAUUUAGUCUUCUUCCAUAGUUUCCUUCUGUAUCUGUUACUGUUAUGUUGUUGACUAUUCGCGAUAUUGAGCACACAAAUAUUUUGUAUUUUUUGUUAGCAUUACCCUGAUUUUACACGACUACCGGCAGACUCAAAGUAACACCUUACUUACGUCGCGAACCUUCAAAACGUUAUUUGUUGACGAAGAACGUCUUCUUAGCAAUAAAAUUUCUCUAGGAAAAAACUAAAAUCGAAACCUGUUUGUAAAUAAUUCGAAAUCACAAGUUGUUAGGCCAAAUCAAGUAAUAAAUCAGUUCUGUUUUCAUCCGAGCUGCCGAAAAAAGUUCGCCCUCUAUUACCAAUUUGCAACUAUGUAAAUAGUCGAACUUGCUUCCAUUACCAGCAGAAAAAAAACUUCGGCGAUAAUCUUCCUAUCCUUACAGCACAACUUUAGCGCGUGAAUAGAUUAAAAGUUUUCGAAUAGAUUACACCAAGCGGUGUGGUCUUUUGUACGCCGCUGAAAAUGAAAGUUCAGACGAGUUGGUAAUUGCAUUUUUAUCAGGUGAUCAAGGAGCGUUUUGGUUCAUGCUUUCUUCCCUUAGUAAGCCCAUCUCUAGCUAGAAUGUAAGCAGCAUGCAAAAUGCAAACGUGCCGUGGCGUAUAUAUUUACAUAUUCUGAUCGUUUCAUACUGCGAUUCUCGAAUAAUAUCGUUUCUUUCUUCUUUCACUUUGUAUUCUAUUGUGUAGCAAUUCAGUUUUAUUUUAUAUAUAUGUUAGACUAUUUUCCGCCCCUGUGUUAGUCCCUGCCAAACAGACUUGGUUUUUUGCCUGUUCCGAAUCAAGCCCCGAGAGUUGUAGAAACGUAGAAACCUUUUAUCCAGAACCCAUCAAAUCUUCCGUAUUAAAUUGAGCAGCAGUUACGUUAUUUUCACAAUAAAAUUGUUUUUAUUAUAUUUGAUAAUUUUAUCUUAUUUAACAAACAAAAAAUAAUUUAAUAACUUAGUUGAGUAAUGAUAGUGAAAGGGGAGCAUCUUGCAGAGACAAGUAUGGUCAAGUUAUUGAAAAAACUGAAAACGAAUGCACACGUUAACCGGGCAUAAAUUGGAAUAAAAAUUUGUAAAAAUAACAGCUGUGCGGAAUUGAACACGAAGAACAGUCCUGGUAACGUUACAAAAUCGAAACAAUAAGGAAAGAUCAGGCAAAAGUUUGUUGAGGUAGAUAAUAAAGAGGUAAUAUAUUUCAGAAAAAUUAACAACUAAAAUAGUAUGCUUAAGAAUAACGAGAAUAAAAACUACAACGUGUAUAAAAACUUGUGUACAAUA